AUGUCCAUGUCAAUUGCUCCAACCGAGACAAUAACGUCUCUGUCUCUGAUUCCUGAUGUCGACGAAGCAUCCUCCGUACACUCCUCCGAGGUGGAAUUGCUGAAGGCUUCCUGCAUUGUCCAACAAAAGCCCAUCUCCAUCACACUAGACGGCACCGCCGUAUUCAUCGUCUCCUUGGGCGUCGUCCUCGCCAUCCACUUCCUGGACUCAUAUCUGGCCGAGGCAUUCGUGUGCCUCAUCCCCGUCGCCCUGCUCGUCCACAACGACUAUCGCAACUUCCUCAACCUCGGGCCCGGAGGCACGCCGUCGACCAUCCAGGGCUAUAUCCGGAUAACCUACCUGCGUAUGCUCACCUUGCGCGACCCCUUCACAGCCCCAAUGCCCGAUCCAAACCGCGACCCCAAGACGGGCGUGCUGGCCGGGAAGCAUCUCCCUUACCGUGCUGGCCCUCGACCUGUUGUAGCUGGCAUCGCACCCCAGCGGCAGCUCGACCAGCACGGCUCCCGCCAAUGCUACAUCGCCCUCCGCCGAGCCAUGGAGAGGCUGAGCGCAAAGACCCCAAACAAGUUUGGCACUGAGCGUUCGUGCCUGGAGAAGCACGGCCUGGCCCUCUUUGCGAGACAUCCGCUGCAAACCAACUGCCAGGGCGAGAUUGCCCACGUCCACGAUUCCGAUCACUCCAUGCACAUGUGUCUCCACCCGAAUGACAUCAAGGAAAUCCUGCAAAAGGGCUGGGGACAGAGGCAUCCGCUGGCGUGGAAGAACAGAUUCAUCCAGAUGCCCGUGUCUCAGGACUUUGUCAUGGUUUAUGCGCCCAGAGAUGCCAUGGAACUUGAAAUCGUGGGCAAGAUCAUCAACGCUGCCAUUUGGUACACCCUUGCCGAAGACGUCGACAUCAACGCCAAAUGA